AUGGCUAUUACCUGUGGUCUUCAUUCAGCUCUUUUCGAGCAAAAUUAUUUCUGUCCGUCCGCUUCUUACGGUCUCCCUCGCGUCGUAGGGGGACAGGAGCUUGAUUUUUCUCAGCUCCUGGUUAAAAGAACAGAAGAAAAAAAAAGAGUCUUGGAGGAGGUUUUUUCUUAUCUUGUUUUCCUCCACUUCUUUGUGGAGGAGCACGAAGCAUUUUUCGUCCGUCUUUGUUUUAGCCGGGGAGCUUCGGCUCCCCUUACGCACGUUCCAAGGAGCCAGUCGAAUGGCCUUCUUCUGCUGCUGGUUAGCAGGACAAAGGGGCGAAACCAUGUUAAGCAGCCACAAAAGUCAAAAUUUGCGUAUGAAGUUAGACAUGCGACUUAUGAAAUUCUGGAAACGUCUCCAUUUUUAGAAGAAAAGGAUGUCGUAAAUAUUAAGAUUCCAAUGAUUCGAAUUAUGGGGUUUAAAGCUGUAGAAUCCAUUGUCCGUAUACAAGACAAGGGUCUUAUCCUUUGGUGGGGUCUUUCUUCACACCUUUAUGAAGACAUUUCUCUUGUUCAGCCGCUUCUUACGGUCUCCCUCGUGUCAGGAGCUUGA